ACAAAAACACAUAAGAAUUCACACAGGAGAGAAGCCUUACCCCUGUACGUUGUGUGGAAAGCAAUUCCGUGAGAAGGGACACCUGAAAGCACAUCUGAAAACGCACACUGGAGAGAAGCCUUACCCCUGCCCCACCUGUGGGAUGAAGUUCGCCCAUUUGGGAGCCAUGAAAAUACACCUGCUGACACACACUGGAGAGAAACCUUACCCCUGCUCUGUGUGUGGGAAGCGUUUUACCCAAUCGUCACGUUUGAAGCAACAUUUCCGGACGCACACAGGUGAGAAACCUUACCCUUGCUCUGUAUGCGGGAAGAGUUUUGCAAGACCUGCAGACCUUAAAGUACACCACAGAGAGCACACAGGAGAGAAACCUUACAGCUGCGCUGAAUGUGGCCAGAGCUUCACCAGUUCCCACAACCUAUGGAAACAUCAGAAGACACAUCUACCGCCUGGACUACUCCCACCUGUUGAGUUUGACAACCACAACCAAACACCUGAGAUGAACGCUACAAAUGAAGCACUGAAGGAGGAGGAAGAUGAGGUAUUUGGUGUUCUGAUCAAUUCUGACGGAGAAGAAGUUGGAUUGGACUUCGAUCCUCCGGGUUCUGAGGAAGAAGAGAGUCCGUCAACAUCAAGAGAACCUGAACAACAACACCAGGUGAACCACACUACAACUCUGAGGUACAGCUGCUCUGUGUGUGGGAAGCAGUUCAAUCGCAAAGGCCAUCUGCGAAGACACGAGAGUGUACAUUCAGUUGAAAAACCAUACGGUUGCUCAGACUGCGACAAGAUGUUUGGUUCCAACAUAGCCCUGAAUAGACACAAGAAGUUACACAGAGAAGAGAAACCUCACAUUUGCACUGUGUGUGGGAAAGGUUUUGUUCAACUGUCACGUUUGAAGGAACACUUCCCGACGCACUCAGGAGAGAAACCGCACUCCUGCUCUGUGUGUGGGAAGCGCUUCACUACUGCGUCGUACCUCAAAACCCACAGCAAAGUCCACCUGGGGGAGAGUCCUUAUACCUGUAACAUAUGUGGGAGACCUUGCCAGAAGUUGUCGGCAUUCAAGUUACACAUGAGGAUCCACACAGGAGAGAAGCCCUUCAGUUGCUCUGUGUGCGAGAAGCAGUUCACUCAGAAAAGACAUCUGCAAGACCACCAGAAAGUACACACUGGAGAGAAACCAUACCCCUGUCCCGAAUGUGACAAGCGGUUCAGCUUCUCCUCAGCCUUGAAAAGACACCAGCAGUUACACACAGGAGAGAAACCCCACUGCUGCUUUGUGUGUGGGAAUGGUUUCUCUCAAGCAGGGCGCCUGAAAGAACACCUCCGGACGCACUCGGGAGAGAGACCUUUCCCCUGCUCAGUCUGCGAGAAGAGCUUCAGAAGAGCUUCUGAACUGACGAUACACAUCAGAUCUCAUACAGGAGAGAGACCGUACAGCUGCGCUGAAUGUGGUAAGUGCUUCGCCAGUUCUAUGAAGCUGGGACGACACAAGAAGAUCCAUCCGAGCACAAACACUGAAGAGGCUCUGACUAAAGAUGUGAAGAGUGAAGAGGAUUCCAUGAGUAUUGAUGAUGAAGAAGAGGAGCCUGCCUCUGCAGUUAGUGGAUGCUAGUAGGGUGAAGAGGAGUCUCUGCAGUUAGUGGAUGCUAGCUAGUAGGUUGGAUAAUCGUGAUGAUUGAAAAAGAGUGCCACCUGAUGACUGUUGGUCUCCAAAACGAGGUGUCGGUUUAGACUGGGAACAAUGAACAAUGAUGACUUCAUAAUGUAAAAACUAUAUCUGCACACUGAUGCAUGUUUCCAAUAAUUGUGUUUUUGUGAAAGGUUAAUGGUUUCAAGGUUGUUGCAGUUUGUAUCAAAUACAUUCAAACUAUUAGAAGCGCUCCCAAUAUAAAAAAUAAUUAAAAGGUGCAAAAAGACAGCAGACUGAACAGUAUAAAGCAGGCAAACAACCUAACAUACACAAUCAAUCCAAGGUAAGAAAUGAAAUGAGCAAACUAGCUAGUGGUAUCUAUAAACAUUUAAAUAAAGUUAUCAAUGUUAUUUCUAUUAAUGUGAUAAAAUGCUAAUUAUGCAACAAUCCAAUCCAUAUUAGGUUUGUAGUCAAUAGAAUAACCCUUCUUCCUGGUUUUUAACACUUAUAGUAACUUGCCUUUAAUAUCAUUGUUCAUUAUCUUAGCAAAUUCUGUUAGUUAUUUUAGAAAGUCAAGAUAGUUCAGAUAUUGCUGAAAGAAGUGUGUGUGUGUGUGGACAAUCAUUUCAGAAUGAGGUGUUUGUGGAAUAUUGAUAUGGAUAGAAUGUAAUCUUGUUAAGUGAACAAUAGAAAUAAAAGUGAAGAUAGUGUA